AAAAGACAAAUGGGGGAAAUGCUUAAAGUAAGUGUCUGCAGGCAGAUAUAGCUGUGUCAGUAUUCAUACAGAGCUAUUGACUUAACCAGUCCUGGUUUGAAAUACUUCUAUUGGGGAUUGUAUGUAUUAUCUUUUAGAACGCAUUCUCCUGUAAGUUAUAAUAGACAGACAGUGUCUGCAUUAUAUUGCAUUUAUUCUUGCUAUUUUUAUCCUUUGCCAUCUAUCUGAAACUUCAUUCAGUUAAGGUGUCAGUCACUGCCUUACAUUAUUUUUUAUUUUUUCCUAUUCUUAGUCUAACUUGGUCUCUCAGUUAUUUUGUUAAUAGAAAUAGAAAAUCAGCCAAAAUUCCAAUUUGUGUAUUGAAAUAAUAAGAGACUAACACUGAGAGUAUAAUAAAUCAGUAGUCCUCAUGGACUCUAUCACCCUGUAACAGAUUCUUGCUCCAAGCCAUUUAUAGCAACUGAAAUUUUAUUUGAAAGCAAAUAUUUGAUGAGGCAAAUUAAUUAUUGUGACAUUUUUCUAUUGGUUAAAAAAUGAGGAAUCCAACAUUUAAGACUUGCUAAUGCUUUUUUUGGCAUCAAGAAAGGAAACACAGGUAUCUAAUAUUAAAUAGUGCUGCAGAAGGGCGAGUUAGCACUUUGUUUGCCAAAUUAAGUUUCAAAGACUGUGUAGGUUAUGAAGUUUGACUUUCUGCCCAUAAAUCUUGAAUGACUGACAGACUACUGUAAAAUAGCUUUGUUCAAAAGGAAUCCUUGGCAGGUGGCAUCAAAGGUUUGAAAUUCUGGAAGGGAUGAAAAGAAAACCCCACUUUUGCACUGAUUUCCCCUACAGAUCAAUGUCUCUGUGAAAUUUGCCUGGGAAUUAUGAAGUAUUUACUGUAUUAUGUGCUGGUUUUUUUUCACUGUAUCCAAAGGCCCCAGUGGUUCCUUUUAUCUUAAAGAUUUAGGGAUAUUUUUGUACAUGAAAUCUGAAUGAAUGAAUGAAUGCAUCAGUGGAACAUGAGGGAAAAAAAUGUUGGAUUUAGACAGUUCUUUUCUUCCCUAUUUUAUCACAAAUUGGAGUAUUGGUUUUACGGCACCUAAAUUUAUGGGUACAUAUUUUUAUGGUAAAGCCCAAUGACAUGUUCUGAAUGCUCCAUCAAGCUCUCUCAAUGUUUCUUCACUUGAUUCACAGCUCUGCAGGGUAUGAAUCAGUCCUGUAGCAUAAUUCUUAAUCUCUUUUUAACCAGAAUAAUGUAGUGUGGGGUUUUUUUUAAAAUUUAUGAUGUGUGUCAUUGUGUCAUCAUCUAAUUAUGUAAACCAAAGAAGAGGAAUAUAAAAUACUUCUUGGAAAACUCUUGUCAGCUGUCGAUCAGUGUAGGAGAUUAAGCUUAUUGCAUGUAAGCAUCAGAGGCAGAAAAUUUUUUGUAACACACAGGUCCUUAAGUCUGUCCUCAGCCAAGAUGUGGCCUUGCUGGGGCAUGGGCUGAAGAAUAACUGGCUUUGCAGGGCAGUUUCUGCUUAGAAACCCAGCACACCUCCUCAGGUUCAAAGAGAGGCCUGAAGAGAAAAGCUCCUUCUACUUUCCACAGACUCUUUAAAGCUCCAAUCCAACAGAAGGUGCUUAAACUCUUGUUUGUCUUCCACAGGGUGAAGUGAAGAAGUGAAGCCUCACAGCUGAACUACUAUGAGGUCAGAAGCCUUGCUGCUAUAUUUCACACUGCUACACUUUGCUGGGGCUGGUUUCCCAGAAGAUUCUGAGCCUAUCAGUAUUUCGCAUGGCAACUAUACAAGACAGUAUCCGGUGUUUGUGGGUCACAAACCAGGGCGGAACACCACGCAGAGGCACCGGCUGGACAUCCAGCUUGUCAUGGUCAUGAACAGGACCCUCUACGUUGCUGCUAGGGACCAUAUUUAUACUGUUGAUAUGGACACAUCAUAUACAGAAGAAAUUUAUUUUAGCAAAAAAUUGACAUGGAAAUCUAGACAAGCUGAUGUAGACACGUGCAGAAUGAAGGGAAAACAUAAGGAUGAGUGUCAUAACUUUAUUAAGGUUCUCCUAAAAAGAAAUGAAGAUACACUGUUUAUCUGUGGAACAAAUGCAUUCAACCCUUCUUGCAGGAACUACAAGAUGGAUACCUUGGACUAUCUGGAAGAGGAAUUCAGUGGAAUGGCCAGGUGCCCCUAUGAUGCAAAGCAUGCCAACGUUGCAUUGUUUGCAGAGGGAAAGCUGUACUCUGCCACAGUGACCGACUUCCUUGCAAUAGAUGCAGUCAUAUACCGGAGCCUUGGAGACAGCCCAACCCUGCGGACAGUUAAACAUGACUCCAAGUGGUUGAAAGAACCAUACUUCGUUCAGGCAGUUGAUUAUGGCAAUUACAUAUACUUCUUCUUCCGGGAAAUAGCGGUGGAGUACAACAGCAUGGGAAAGGUAGUUUUCCCAAGGGUGGCCCAGGUUUGCAAAAAUGACAUGGGAGGAUCUCAGAGAGUGCUGGAAAAACAGUGGACUUCCUUUCUCAAGGCUCGGUUGAACUGCUCGGUUCCUGGCGACUCACACUUCUACUUUAACAUACUGCAGUCAGUUACAGAUGUUAUCCAUUUCAAUGGUCGGGAUGUUGUUUUAGCAACAUUCUCCACUCCAUAUAAUAGCAUCCCUGGCUCUGCAGUCUGUGCCUAUGACAUGCUUGACAUUGCCAAUGUAUUUACUGGGAGAUUCAAAGAACAAAAGUCUCCAGACUCCACAUGGACGCCAGUUCCUGACGAACGAGUGCCCAAGCCCAGGCCUGGUUGCUGUGCUGGCUCUACAUCAUUAGAAAAAUAUGUAACAUCUAAUGAGUUCCCAGAUGAUACUCUGAACUUCAUCAAAACACAUCCACUGAUGGACGAGGCUGUACCUUCCAUUGUGAACCGACCCUGGUUCCUGAGAACAAUGGUCAGAUAUCGCCUGACUAAAAUUGCUGUUGACUCUGCUGCUGGGCCGUAUCAGAACUACACCGUGGUUUUCUUGGGAUCAGAGAAGGGAAUCAUCCUGAAGUUCUUGGCACGGACAGGAAACACUGGUUUCCUAAAUGACAGCCUUUUCCUGGAGGAGAUCAGUGUUUACAAUCCUGAAAAGUGCAGCUACGAGGGCAUGGAGGACAAGCGGAUCACGGGCAUGCAGCUGGACAAGCCCAGCAGCGCCCUGUUCGUCGCCUUCUCCACCUGCGUGGUCAGGGUUCCCCUGGGGCGCUGCGAGCGCCACGGCAAGUGCAAAAAGGCCUGCAUAGCAUCCAGGGACCCCUACUGCGGAUGGGUGAAGGAGAGCGGGGUGUGCACGCAGCUGGUCCUUGGCUCCAAACUGGCAUUUGAACAGGACAUAGAACGUGGCAAUACAGAUGGCCUGGGUGACUGCCAAAAUUCGUUCGUAGCCCUGAAUGGACACUCCAGUUCCCUAGUCCCAAGCACCACCACUUCUGACUCUCGCGCUCGACAGGGUUAUGAUGCUAGGGGACGCAUGCUGGAUUGGAAGGAUCCGCUUGGUUCAUCUGAAAAUACAGAUCCAUAUGUGGCAGUUUCAUCCCAUAAUCAUCAAGACAAGAAGGGAGUGAUUCGCGAGAGUUACCUGAAAGGUCAUGAUCAGCUGGUGCCAGUCACCCUGUUGGCCAUUGCCGUUAUUCUUGCUUUUGUCAUGGGGGCCGUCUUUUCGGGAAUCAUAGUGUACUGCAUCUGCGACCACCGCCGCAGAGACCUGGCUGCUGUGCAGAGGAAGGAGAAGGAGCUCACCCACUCCCGCCGCGGCUCCAUGAGCAGCGUUUCCAAGCUCAGUGGCCUCUUUGGGGAUGCUCAGUCCAAGGAGCCGAAGCCUGAAGCUAUUCUCACGCCUCUGAUGCACAAUGGCAAGCUGGCUACCCCAGGCAGCACUGCCAAGAUGCUAAUCAAAGCUGACCAGCACCAUCUGGACCUGGCUGCCCUGCCAACCCCUGAGUCCACCCCAACCCUGCAACAGAAGAGAAAGCCCAGCCGAGGCAGUAGGGAAUGGGAGAGAAACCAGAACCUCAUCAAUGCCUGCACAAAAGAUAUCCCCUCCAUGGCCUCACCAGUGAUCCCAACUGACCUGCCGCUCAGGGCUUCUCCCAGCCACAUCCCCAGUGUUGUGGUCCUGCCCAUAGCCCAGCAAGGCUAUCAGCAUGAAUAUGUUGACCAGCCAAAAAUGAGCGACGGGGCUCAGAUGUCUGUGGAGGACCAGAAUGCCACCCUUGAGUACAAAACUAUCAAGGACCACCUCAGUAGCAAGAGCCCCAGCCACGGAGUUAACCUGGUGGAAAAUCUCGACGGCAUGCCGCCAAAAGUGCCGCAGAGGGAGGCGUCCCUGGGGCCCGCGGGCGCCUCGCUGUCACAAGGCGGGCUGAGCAAGCGGCUGGAGAUGCACUCCUCUGCUUACAACGUGGACUACAAGAGAAGCUACCCCACAAACUCACUCACGAGAAGUCACCAGGCAUCAACCCUCAAAAGAAACAACACCAACUCCUCCAACUCGUCCCACCUGUCCCGCAACCAGAGCUUCGGCCGGGGUGACAACCCUCCGCCGGCCCCGCAGCGAGUGGACUCCAUACAGGUCCACGCUGCUCAGGCACAGGCUGUGACUGUAUCCCGGCAGCCGAGUCUCACUGCCUACAACUCGCUCACCAGGUCAGGCUUGAAACGCACGCCCUCCAUAAAGCCAGAUGUACCUCCCAAACCUUCCUUCGCUCCGCUUUCCACGUCCAUGAAGCCCAACGAUGCAUGUACAUAAUCGGAGGGGCAGGGGGAGCAGAAGAGGAUGGCAAUUAAGCAGAAGUUGCCCUUGAAAGCCAGUGUUCUGCAGCUGUUAUCACUCGCUCCUCUGAGAAGAUGGUUGUUGCAAGCUGAAGAUGUGUUGGAUUUCUGCUCUCUGGGAAAAGUGGAAUAUUUUUUUAAACCCGAGCCAUAUGACCCAUGGUUGAAGGUUUGCAAUUGCAGGAUUCACCCCCACAACCUGCCAGUUCUUUGCUCAAAAGACUAACCCUCCAUCAAAAACAUUGAGCCAAAAGCACACAGGUGGAAAUGACUGUGAUAUUUCACCCCCUGCCCCUAACUGCACAGUGCAUUCCUGAACUGGGAAAGAGUGCUCUGAAAAGCAAAACAAAUGUAAAAACACACAAAUAUUAAAAAAAAAAAAAGAAAAAAAAUCUUAAAAAAGAGGAAGAAAAAAAAAAAUCAAUUGACAAAGCUAACUCUGACUUAACAAUGGCAGAAGUUUACCACUAGCAGGUACUGUGAAAUCAUGCCCUUCAGUGUUACAGCCAUUUGGUCAUAGCAGUUAAAUGCCGGCUUGGGCAGACUAUGUCAUAGAUUUCUGCUACUCUUCUCUUUUAAUGAAUAACAUGUGACUGUUAACACGAGUAACUCCUCUUAUUUAUUGUUCAACUUUUGUUUUUCCUAAGGAACUGACCUUCAUUAUCAUCCCGUGAGCAGCUUUUCAGAGAAGUACCUUGAAAGUUAUACCUAUUUAACGUGAAACCCAUUAACUGGAGUAAUUAGAACUCUUUUAUUUUUCCAAGAAAUUCACUGAGUUAGAUAAGUUGGAGCUGGAUUUCUGAACUUUGUGCCUGGACUGCCUGGUUAGCUGAAAAAAAAAGGGGAUAUCUAUUUAAGUCUCUCAGCUAAUUAGCUGGCUGGGCCUCUGACCUAAGACAGCAACAAAUACCACAAGUUCAUAACUUCUAAAGCAGCUGCAAGAGAAACUUAAAAGCUGCACAUCUGUGCACCAUUGCUAUCAACAUGGCUUUGUCAGUAGCUAAUACUUUCUGUGAAGGCACCAGCUUGUGAUGUGCCAUCUCAUUUCACCUUGCAUGUGAGACGGCAAACAAAAUCCUCAAACAGUGUGAACUAGCUAAUAUGCCGGCUGUUACCAUGCAUAAAUUAUGGUCUUAUCACACGGGUUUUUCGUGGGAAUAUAUCUGUGAAUAGCCUGUUUUCUUCCACAUGUAAAUUUGUGCCUUACACCCUCAGUUGUGUAUAUUUGUGAGCUGUAGUAUGUAAAAACCUUUUUCUUUUUCCCCUUUGAGUAAUGCAAAUAUUUAUUGAUCCUUCCUCCUCCAAGCCCCUUCAAAAACUGGAGUAAAGACAUUUGAAAGAAGACUGUGGUGGUUAUUUUCAUAACCCCGCAUCCCUAAAGAAAUUAGGCUAGCACCAUACCCUCCAAAUUUGACUUUCUAGCUGUGCCAAGUCCUCUCUCAAAACCACCCGCAGGUGGUGAUGCUCCCAAGGCACCAUGCUGGGGGUUCUGCCUUCCCCCACCUCCCGCUCUCCCUUUACAGCAUGUCAACGUGGAGAUCGUUCUCAGUGGCAGCAGGAAAAUGACUAACACCCUUGUCCAUGGAGCUGGUACAUCCCCUGGCUGGGGACAGCACUGGUGAGAGGGGCCAAGCCCUGCAGAAAGCCCGGCCGCACAUCCUGCAGCAUGCAGGGCACAUGGAGCUAGGACAGGCAGGCAGGCUCCUGCUGUAGCUACCUGCUGCUCCAGAAGGAUGCUGCAUAUACUUCUUUGGGGAAAAACGUGGGUUUUGUUUUUUUUUCCUUUGUUUCUUUUGUGUGACUGUGCAUGUAGCUAGUGUGGGAGUGUGCGCGCGCAGGUGUGUGCGUGUGUGUGCGCGCGCAGGUGUGUAAGUUCCUUUCCAGUCUUUCAGUUUAUGCAAAAACGUAGCUGUGUUUUUAAUCUGUUACAAUAACUGUGUCAACAUACUGUAGAAAAAUGAUGGGGAUCGCUUCUAAGCUUUUUAUAUAUAUAUAUAUAUAUAUAUCUACUGAACAGUAUGUUUGAGUAAGGUGGUUGUUUCUGUUUCAAUUUGUUUUUUAAAAUUUUAUACUUCCAUUUGUUUUUCAGGGUUUUGGUUUUGUUUCCGAUUUGAAUGAUUGAAAAGACAGAUUUUAAGUCCACUAGCUUAUAGAUGGUAUAUAUAAGGUCUGGAUGGUCUACACCAAAGUGUGUAACAAGGGUGUUUGCAUGUUCUUUCAUUUCAUCACGGCUUCUUUUAUGAAACAACUUUGUUCACCCCUAGUGAACUAUGCAGACUGGAGUAGAUAGAUCUGUAUCCAAAGCAAUGUUGUUGUUUUAAUAAAAACAAACUGAAAACCCUUUGAAAACAGUAGGUAGCGAGGUUAAUUUUUUUUUAAAAGAACGAACUCAACACCUUUUUACCAAGCUCCAACCCCUGAAGCAGGGUUCCCUUGAUAUUAUCCCUCAAAACGUUCUCCCAAAACAUAGAGAUGGAUAAUCAUGGCAACAGCUUGUGCAGCAAUCUGCCUUCACAACAUACACCGCAGUUACUGGGUUGACCUUGAAAUGUUCAUUUUGUAUUCGGUGGGUCUUCUGUUUUCAUCCUUUCCCAGCCCCAGCUCCCUUCCACCCUCUGUUUCGAGGGGUUCAUGAACCUAUGUGUGCCUUUGCUUUCCACCCUUGCUAUACACUGGUAGAUGCAACAAAUUCAGGCUCCCAUUUGUUGUAAAGUUGUAAAGUAUUGUGUUGUCACCAGUUUCCCUUCAUUUCCACAUCCCCCUAACAUACGAUUCACAACUUAAUGUCGGUUGUAAAAGAAAAAAAAAGGCAGGAAAGGAAAAGAAAAAGGAGGAGAGAUGGGAAAUAAAAGCUCUUGAUUACAUAUGGUAAUAAAACCAGACUGUUCUACCUUG